ACCUAUCGAUUAGAUGGCGUUGCUGCUCGUGCUAACAGUCUAAAGCACGGGAGUGCCGUGUCUCCAAUGAGUGGUCUGUGGGUUGCACUAGCUUUGGCUAAUUUGUACAGUGCCAAUAAUAGUAUAUUAAGAAUAAAGCAAGAACGAAAAGAAGGUAGCCAAUCGAUAUUAUAGUAUAUUUCGCUAUAUUGAACUUGCUUGUGGCUGGACAUUACUGGGUAUCUACCACUUUCAAUGACAGAAUUGAAAUAAGAAGUACGAAUGAAUAUUUCCGCAUAAUCGAGAUAUUAAAUUAUGUGGUGUUUGUUCAUGGCAUAAUUCAAUAAUGUCAAGACACUUAGCAUCAAUCACAAAAAUUGGUUUAACAUAUGGCAAAUCCUUUUUUUUGCCAACAAAAAAUUAUAUCAGGAAGAACUUCAUGGUAUCAGUAUCCUCAUGCAAAUUCAAUGAGUAUUCUUCUAAUGACAGUGGAUGUUCAAACGUCAAUGCUAUACCUGAAGUCAAAGAUUACAAUGAAUUCCUUCAGGAGUCUAAAUCUAGUAUUCAUAUAGGAUGUAAAACCCUAAUGCAGUUACUUAGAAUUAAUGAAAGUACUGCAUUACGUGCAGUCCACAUGUACCCUGCACUACAGAAACUACCAUGCUUAGAAAUAAUGCAGAACUAUGAAACAUUAUCUGCAAUUGGAAUUCAAUAUCAGAGUAUCAAGAACAAUAUUUGGUUGCUUGCUGACACGAAAGAGGUCAUUAAGGUCAAAGCUAGAUAUAUUCAACUGUUACCAUUAGAACUAAAACAUGCAAUACCUUUCUUUAACUUGAAGAUCAAAGAACUUAGAACUCUUGUUACCCUUAUGAAAAUAGAGGAUAAUGAGGUACCAAAUAUUUCCAGGAUACAUUACUUAUCUGAAAAAUUGCAGUGUCCCUUAACAACUAUGUGUAAUAUACUUAUGAAACAUAAAUAUUUACUUAAAAUACCUUUUCAAAGAAUAAAGGGUAUUACAGAUAUUCUAAUUGGACAUGGUGUAACAGCAGAAAAUAUAUUGAAUGAUUUGUGGGUAUUCAGAUACAAAGAAAACACUGUAUUGAUGCGAGUUAAAAAGGCUAUUGAAGCUGGAGUGAACCCAAUAAAGCCAUGGGUAGUACGCUGUCCUGAAAGUGCAUUGAAUGAGAUUUUUAGAAGAAAUACACAGCGUCACAAAGCACUAGAACCAUAUACAAACAUCAUAGAUUUUCUCGCAGCAAAAUUACAGUGUAGCAAACAGGAUGCAGAAGACUUCGUCGACAGGAAUCCAGCCAUUUAUAAAAUGGAUCCAUGGAAGUUGAAAAAUGUUAUUCAAUUCUUGUUUGAUAAGGAAUAUAAACCUGAGCAUUUAAUGCAAACCCCACGACUUUUAUAUUUUGGCUACAAAACAAUAUUAAAUCGGUAUAUCGAAUUGGAACUGCUAAAGAUGAAACCAACGAAUUUAAGAGUAUUGUGCAAAUCGAACGCAGAAAUAGAGGAUUAUAUCCAGAAACAUAAAAGUAUGAGAAUACCGGAAGAGCAACUUAAAUCGGCGAAAGAGGAGGAUGGUAUUUCGAAUUGAACCAAACUGUGAAACAUGUGUUUUAUUCAACUAACAUUACGAUGAGUAUGAACAUUAGUGGACAUCCAUUAUUGUACAAAGUUCAAAAGUAUAAACUACUAAUGGUGUUAAAUAUUUUGAGGCUACAGUGUACAUAGAAAAUACAUUUUUUUAUUAAUAGAAAAACAAGAAAUACAAAA